AUGGAACCACUCUAUCGGGCUGGGUCCAUCCUCAUGAAGGUGAACACUUUACAAGGGAAGAAGAUGGUGGAGAGCGGCCUCCAGUCCGGAGACUUUUCCCUCCCUCAGUCGUGGCCUUCCUGCUUCCCGCCGCCAGCGGACCUGGAGAUCCUGCAGCAGAAGGUGGCCGGGGUGCAGCGGGAGCUGGCGGACUUCAAGAAGGAGGCGCUGCAGGCCAUCCGUGACCUGGAGGUCGCCUUCUGCGAGCUGAAUGGGGCGCUGGCGCAGCAGGAGGAGCAGGCGGCCCGCGUGAAGCAGCGGCUCAGGGAGGAGGAGGACCGCGGCGUCGUGCGGAAUAAGGUCCUCACCUUCCUGCUUCCCCGCGAGAAGCAGCUCCGGGAGCACUGCAGGCGGCUGGAGCGCAUGCUGCUGGUCUCCAACCGCGACGCGCUGGCCAGUCCCAGAAAGAUCCAGGCAAACUGA